UAUAAAGUCAGGUUUGAAGCGCCUCUAAGAGCAGGCGGUUAAAAGGGUGUAGGCUAGAGUCUCUUGCAAGUGAAGCAGAGGGAGGGGGGAGGUGUUGGUGCAGAUCCUUUGCCAAAGGAAUCAAGUCCAAAGGAUUAUUACAAACAGCUGGAAGCAAGUCAAAAUACACAAAAUAAAAUUAGUGAUUCCCAAUAACCCUGUCUCUGAAUUUGAAAAGUUCUGUUAUCUUUCAUUGUAUAGAUCCCAAAAUACUCACUCUCCAAGAGUGAGAAGAAAAACCUUCUAUUUUAAUAGGCCACUCCCCAUGUUAGAGCUAGCUGAGUGGUCAUUGGCACAGUAGAACAAAUGAUCAUCAUUCCCUUCCACAUGGGAGGAGCUUUGGUAUUCUUCCUUUGCUUCCUUGUCCCUUCAUUGGGUAAAAACCUGCUAACCUGUGAGACAACAUCACCAUAUGAUGCCUCUGGCUACUACCAUUGCAAUGAAAAAGUGUCACACUCACUGAGCCAUUGUGGAACAUUUGCACUCUUCCUCACUAACUCUCACUACCCUUCUCUCUCCAACCUCACCUUUUACUUGGGACUCAAUAGGUUUGUCAUAGCAGAAGCAAAUGGAUUCUCUGCUGAAACUGAGUUCCUCCCUCAGAAUCACCCUCUUCUCAUACCAAUUGAUUGUAGAUGCAAAGGUGAGUUUUUUCAGGCUGAGUUAACCAAAACAACCAUCAAAGGUGAGAGCUUUUAUUCCAUUGCUGAAUCACUGGAAGGCUUGACAACCUGCAAGGCUAUUAGGGAAAAUAACCCUGAUGUUUCACCUUGGAAUCUUGAUGAUAAUCUCAGAUUGAUUAUCCCAUUGAGGUGUGCUUGCCCAUUUUCAUCUGAACCAAGAAUUUUGCUUUCUUAUAUUGUAAGGGAAGGUGAUACAAUUUCCAAUUUGGCCUCAAAGUUCAAUAUUACAAAAGAAGCUAUAGUUUCUGCAAAUAACAUAUCACUAGAAGGGCUUGGACCAAAAAAACUUGCACCCUUUACCUCUAUUCUGAUUCCACUGAAUGGUAAACCAAUUUUUGGUCCACUGGCUAAACCCAUGGAACCCAAUUCAAGUUUUCCAACAACCAGAAUCCCAACACACAAGAAGUCAGCAAUGUGGAAAACUGAAUUGUACAUUGCACUAGCUGGGGUUGCAAUUGGAGUCUUCAUUGCUUUUGCAGCAGCUUUCUUUGUGAUCAGGUUGAAGCAAAAGAAGGUGAAAGAGAAUUCAAGCAAAGAAAGAGACAUGGAGCUGCAAUAUCUGAAUCAAAGUGUGAGAACCACAACCACAAGUGACAAGAAGAUUUCAUUUGAGGGAUCACAGGACACUCUUGAUGGGAAAAUGGUUGAUACCAAUAAGAUGUUGCUGGAGACAUACACUGUUGAAGAUAUGAGAAAAGCAACUGAGGAUUUCAGUUCAAGCAAUCAAAUUGAAGGAUCAGUGUUUCAUGGCCGUUUAAAAGGGAAGGACAUAGCAAUCAAAAGAACAAAGACAGAGAUGGUGUCAAAGAUAGAUCUUAGCCUCUUCCACUAUUCUUCACUUCACCACCAUCCUAACAUCCUUGGGGUUCUGGGGACAUGUUUGUUAGAGGGGCCAGAGUCAUAUCUGGUUCUUGAGUAUGCUAAAAAUGGUUCAUUGAAAGAUUGGCUUCAUGGUGGCUUAGCCAUCAAGAACCAGUUCAUUGCUUCCUGCUAUUGUUUCCUGAAUUGGAGCCAAAGGCUCAGGAUUUGCCUAGACAUAGCCAAUGCCUUGAAAUACAUGCACCAUGUUAUGAACCCAAGCUAUGUGCAUAGAAAUGUGAAGAGCAGGAACAUUUUUAUAGAUGAAGAAUUUGGUGCCAAGAUAGGCAAUUUUGGGUGUGUUGAGAAUGAUUAUGACACUGAAGACCCUCAUUUCUAUUCUACUAACCCUGCCUCUUGGAGUUUGGGUUAUUUGGCACCAGAAUAUGUGCACCAAGGUGUGAUUUCUCCAAGCAUUGAUAUUUUUGCUUAUGGGGUGGUGUUGUUGGAGGUUUUAACUGGUCAAACACCUAUAAGCAGGACAAAUGAUAAAGGGGAAGGAAGUGUUUGGCUUACUGAAAAAGUAAGGUCCACUUUGGUGUCAGAAAAUGUGAAUGAACUGAGGGAGUGGAUAGACAGUGCAUUAGGGGAGAACUACUCAAUUGAUGCAGCUAUGACAGUGGCUAAAAUUGCAAGAGCUUGUGUGGAGGAAGAUUCAUCUUUGAGGCCAAGUGCAAGAGAAAUUGUUGAGAAGCUAUCAAUAUUGGUGGAGGAAUUACCAGAAAGGGAACAAAAAGUGUCAAUAAGUGAAAGCUCUUGCAAACCUCUUGUGGACAAUCUGUGAAUAAUCCACUCAAAAAGAUCAUAUAGACACAAUGAUUUAAGUCUCUGGUCAUUGAAUUCAGCCCUUGUUUAAUAUUUGAGUGCCUGUAGGCUAUGCAUACCUAAAAAAAAUCUCUUGCCCUUUGCUUAUGUAGUUCAAUGUUUUCCUUAAUAUUUGAUAAGAUAGAGAAUGGUGUUCUUGUUCUUGAGUCUUUAUAGAAAAAUUAUAUUUUGAUUGAUUCAGCCAUAGAUUAGGAAAUAGCAAUUAUGGUUCGAGAAAGAUCAGAAAACUCAACCGAUACAUUAAUUAUACGCGUUUUAGCAGACACUUUUGUUAUUAUACCGGU